AUGGUCAAAGCAUGCAGUAGCAGAGGUGAGUGGAGGAGGAAGAGAAGAAAAACAUGGCAAUUACGCUCAACAAUGGCUUCAAGAUGCCCAUCAUUGGACUGGGUGUGUGGCGCAUGGAAGGAAAAGCAAUCAAAGACAUAAUUCUCAAUUCCAUCAAAAUUGGUUAUCGCCAUUUUGAUUGUGCUGCUGACUACAAGAACGAAGCAGAAGUUGGAGAGGCGCUUAAGGAGGCUUUUGAUAGUGGCCUUGUGAAGAGGGAGGACCUUUUCAUUACCACAAAGCUUUGGAAUUCUGAUCAUGGACACGUUCUUGAGGCAUGUAAAGACAGUCUCAAGAAGCUUCAGUUAACUUAUCUAGACUUGUAUCUUGUUCAUUUUCCUGUUGCCGUAAGGCAUACUGGGGUUGGUAAUACUUCUAGUCCUUUGGAUGAUGAUGGAGUGCUGGAUAUAGAUACCACCGUAUCCCUGGAAACUACCUGGCAUGCGAUGGAGGAUCUUGUUUCAUCCGGCUUAGUUCGAAGCAUAGGGAUCAGCAACUAUGAUAUCUAUCUGACAAGAGAUUGCUUAGCAUAUUCCAAGAUAAAACCUGCUGUAAAUCAGAUUGAAACCCAUCCAUACUUCCAGCGUGAGUCUCUCGUCAAGUUUUGUCAGAAGCAUGGGAUUUGUGUCACUGCACACACUCCAUUAGGAGGUGGUGCAGCAAAUUCUGAAUGGUUUGGUACAGUUUCAUGUUUGGAUGACCAAGUUUUCAAAGGUCUGGCUGAAAAAUACAAAAAGACUACCGCCCAGAUUGCUCUUCGCUGGGGCAUUCAGAGGAACACUGUGGUCAUUCCCAAAUCGUCAAAACUGGAGAGGCUGAAAGAAAACUUUCAGGUUUUUGAUUUUGAGUUGUCUAAAGAGGACCUGAAGCUCAUUGGAAAUCUGGAUAAAGCAUAUCGAACUAAUCAACCAGCUGUGUUUUGGGGCAUAAAUCUGUAUGCAUGAGAAUACCGUUCCUAAGAAUGUAUCAUGAACUUCCAAUAUGCAAAAACAUACUGGCCGUUGGAUCUUGAGACUUGUCUUGACAUUCAGAGAUGGUAUAAGCUUCAGUCUCCUUGGUAGUCCAUUGAUUUGAUCAUCCAAUCUCUUCUUUUCGAUGGUUCAAAUAUUAUCUUUUUAGCCCAUAGAAAAUUUCGUGGACUAAAUAAAAGGGAGAUUUCUGAACAUUUUUAGUUAAUUUUUUUUGCCCA